GUUUUCCUCCCGACUUCAGUGUUUGUUGGUAAGUGAUCGAAGCAGGUUGUAAGUUGUUCGUGAGUGUCCCAGUACAUUAAACGCUAUCAAACGGUGUCUUAACGUUUCCAUCACAGCCCUUGAAGCCUCUCAAAAAGUUGAAGAAGAUGAAUUUAUGGACGUACUUUGCCCCACUUGUGCUCUUCCUGGCCAUCGACAACACCCAGGGAUUCGUGACUCAGUGCUGUGAGGAGUAUUGCUAUGGAACAGACAGCGAUAGAGUCCAGACCAGGCACUAUGCUACGAAAUCUGCCUAUCAGAUCAUCAAAAGUGGAGACUUAGGUCGCUACUACAACGUUCCCAAUUGUGAACCCAAAAAAUUCUGGAUGCUUAGUCGACAUGGAACUCGCCUUCCAAGUGCUAAAGACAUGAAUAAGAUGAAGGCAUUAAUAGAUAUCAGAGACCAAAUCAUUGAUAACUACGAGAAGAGGCGUUCAAAGCCAGACCAGGGAGCUCUCUGCGAUGCUGACUACAAUGGCAUCAAGAAUUGGCGAUGGAACGUCAAUUUAACUGGGGAAUAUGACAAUUUUCUCACAGCUCAGGGAUGGAAUGACCUCAAAUUCCUGGCUAAGCACUACCAGAGAAGUCUUCCAAAUGUUCUGCCUAAUAUUUACACGCCGGAUAAGUACAAAUUCAGCCAUACAAAUGUCCAAAGAACUGAAGCUAGUUACAAGGCUUUUGUGGAGGGAUUGUUUGGGGAAAAUGCUUACCAGCACGUCACCCUGUCUCAAGAUAACGAUGAUAGCUUCCUUAAGCCCUAUGAUCACUGCCCAGACUAUGAUAAAAACAGUGACGCUAUUAGUGAGCCUACUUCUGAACAGAGCAAAUUCAUGGCUUCGAACACCUUCCAGAACAUGCUGAGUCAGGUCUCUCAACGUCUGGGAUUCAAGUUUCAAUUGACAGCGGACCAGAUGGAGUUGAUCUGGGACAUAUGUCGCUACGAACAAGCCUGGGCUCUGGAUAAAGUCAGUGCCUGGUGCGCUGCUUUCACAAAAAGUCAUGUAGAUGUCCUUGAGUACAAGGAAGACCUCAAGUAUUACUACAAGAAUGGAUAUGGAUCCGCUCUGAAUUCCAAAUUGCCCUGUGCUCUUGUCCAGGACAUGAUGAGGAACUUGGAAAGUGAUUCACAGCCUCAAGCAGUGGCUUAUUUUGCCCACGACAGCGCAGUUCAACUCUUCAUGACUGCCCUUGGGGCCAACAAAGACAGAGAUUCCCUUCGAGCAGAUAAUUUCCUGCAAAACGACAGAAGAAUCUGGAGAUCCAGUGACAUUGCUCCCUUUGGCGCCAAUCUCGUAGCCAUCAAGUACGACUGCCCAGAAUCAACGGAAAGGAAAAAAAUCAUGUUCUUCCUGAAUGAGAAGCCAGUAAUUCUGGAUUGGUGCCGUGUUGGCCUGUGUGACUGGAAGGAUGUCCAGCAGAUGUACCAGGAGUACACAUCAGCAGACUGCUCCCGAACUUUCUGCGGUAAAGCAUCGGCAAAUGCCGUCAAAUCCUUUGGUAUUCUCACUCUUCUGCUAACAGCGAUUCUAAGGUUUUUCCACUAGAAUCAACUUUUCCCACCAAAUUUCCUGUAAGAUCUUUCGUGUGACUUUGCGUGUCUUUUCCACCUUCAGAGAAAUUUUGUGAGUAACCAAUUAAAAGAUUUUCAAGAGACAAUCUUUUUUUUUCGUGUCCGUGUAGUUCAAAAAGAGGCAAGAUAUUCAAUUAAAAAAAGAUUUUUUGACACAGAAAAU